AAGCACUUGGAUGUACGACUGCAAACAAUCAGCGAAUGGCGAGUUGGUAGAAGUGCAGGAGAAACCGCAUCGGAAGAAACGUGGGAAUUGUGUACAUCUGCAAAGAAGUAGCAAUGCUGUUUGUUUGCAGCAAGCUUAUAGCUGCAGACUAGUUACAUGGGGCCCCAUCUGCAAUAAGCGAUAAGAAAGGAUGUCGAAGACAAGUAGCAAAAGAAAACCAAAGAGAAGGGCAACCUGCAAAAAAUGCUCUAGAAAGGAUAUCUGCAACCCGCCAGUACGGGCGUAUAUUCGAAAACAGCCAAUAUGCGAGUGUCUGCUCAUAUACGCGUAUAUGUCCACCCAAGUGAUCCUUAGGAGGGGCUGGAAACACGUAAUAAAUGGUAAUUCGCAAAAAGAGACAGUUGCGUGGCUGAAAACUGACAAACAAAUACCAACAGCUUUGCGCUUUGAACACUCAAGAACGCACAGUUCAAAAAGGCAAUAAUUAAUAGAUGCACAUGCAAUUAUUGGAGAGGGGUCAUGUAGAACAGAUACAGAAGAAUGUCUGGAAACAAGCAAUGACUUAAGUCCUAAACACGCAAUAAAACAAUAAGUAAAUAUUCA